AUGGAUACCGUCAAGUGUAUUUUUUAUGGAGUAUUCCUUAGUGCACUAUCGGGUGUGUGUGAAACAGUAAACCCUGCUUCGUUAGGUCUUGUUGGUGACACUGCCGAUGUUAUACGACCAACAUCGGGAGGUACUGUGCUCGUUGGAGGUGGACCUGAUGUGGAUGAAGCGAUGCAAUGGAUGAUUACUAAGUCGGGUGGUGGUGAUUUCGUGGUGUUGAGAGCUACCGGUACGAAUGCAUACAAUAGUUAUAUAUACGGUUUAGGCUCUGUCAAUUCAGUUGAAACUCUACUUAUUAAUUCGCGUACGUUAGCCAACGAUCUUCUAGUUGAAGCAGCAAUUCGAGGAGCUGAAGCAAUAUUUAUUGCUGGUGGUGAUCAAGCUAAUUAUGUUAACUAUUGGAAAGAUACUAAAGUGGAAGCUGCUCUUAAUUAUCUAAGAAAUGUAAAACAAAUUCCUAUCGGAGGUACAUCAGCCGGGUGUGCUAUUCUUGGUGGAACUUAUUUUUCAGCACUUUACGGCACAGUGACAUCGAGUGAGGCUCUCGGCAAUCCUUACAUAAGUUAUCUUACUUUAGGCCACAAUGAUUUUCUUUCUCAACCUUAUUUGUCAAAUGUUAUUACUGACACUCAUUUUAAUAAUCCUGAUCGACGUGGUCGUCUUAUUACAUUUUUAGCACGUAUGAAUCAAGAUUACGGAGUAGUAGGUCGUGGUAUUGGUGUUGAUGAAUCAACAGCUGUCUGCAUCGAGUCUGGCGGCACAGGUCGAGUCUUCGGAUCGGGUACAGCUUUUUUCUUGAGUCAAAAUGGACUUGCUUCCAAGCCAGAAACUUGUGUCAAUGGUUCUCCUCUUGAUUGGUAUCGAAAUCGGCAAGCUGUCAUCGUGUGCAAAAUUGUCGGUAGCCGAGCGGGUUCUGGAAGCUUUGAUUUGAAUACUUGGAGCCAGAUUAGUGGUGGCAUAAAUCAAUAUUACUAUAUCAAUCGUGGUAUUCUUGGUAUUUCUGUGUAA